CCACGGCAGAGGUGCCACAGCCGUGCUUGGCAGCACAGGCUGGCUCCUUGUCGCUCAAGCAGAGAAGCCGCUUCUCCUGGGCCCACGAGGCAGCCAUCUCAUGCUCUGCUGAGCACGGUGCCAUGUUUCUGAAACUCCUACUGCUCCUGGCCCUGCUGGGCCCUGGCAGCAGCCUCCAGCUGUGGGAGACCUUGGAGGAUGGAGCCGAGGAGGCCCCAGGCCCCCUGCUUGUCCGUGGCCGAAGAGAAGUGGAUGAGGACGACUCCGACAUAUAUGACUAUGACAUACAGACGGACCCUCCAGAAAUGCUUAACUAUAGCACCGAGGCCCCCAAGCUUCUGCCUGUGAUGGGAACAUUGGAGCAGAGAGCGUCUGCAGGGCCUUUAACACCUGAGCCAACCACUCUGGAGGUGGCCACAAGGGACCCUGCUGUCCUGGAUGCAGGAGGGGCAGCCACUGGGAAUCUGAGCAUGGAACUGGUCAUACUGGUCACUCUGACCAAAGAACCAGUCACUGUAAUCCCUCCCAUCAUGGAGGAUCCAGCCACAGAAUCAGCUGCAGUAGAGGCCCUGUCCACAGGGCCAGCAGGCAGAAUGGCACUGGCCACAGAGCCUUCAGCCACAGAGGCUGUGUCCACAGAGACCCUGCCCACGGAGCCAGCAAGCACAAUGGCACCGGCCACAGAACGCACAGCCAUGGAGACCCUGUCCACAGGGGCCAUGUCCACAGAAUCCACUGCCACGGAGGCUCUGUCCAGAGAACCCACUGCCACGGAGGCCCUGUCCACAGAACCCACUGCCACGGAGGCUCUGUCCACAGAAUCCACUGCCACGGAGGCCCUGUUCAUGGAACCCACAGUCACAGAGGUUCUGUCCACGGAACUGGCCACCACAGCAGUUCUUUCCAUGGAGCCCACUACCACAGGGGCCCUGCCCACAGAUCCAGCCACUGUGAAGACCCUGCCCACAAGACCUGCUACCACAAGGGGCCUAACCACAGCCCUUCCUGUGCCCUCUGAUCCUCCCAAGAGCACCAUUGUGGCAGUUGGCAAUUCAUCUGAUGACUUGAUCCACAAAUGGAAAAAUGGUCAGAGUCUUUUCCCCCGGAGCUCCGUGGCCCCAAGCCCCACAGAGGGCCUGCUUGACCCCAGCUCAGUGAAGCAGUGCCUGCUGGCCAUCCUCAUCCUGGCCCUGGUGGCCACCGUCUUCCUCGUGUGCACCGUGGUGCUGGCCAUCCGCCUGUCCCGCAAGAACCACCUGUACCCCGUGCGCAAUUACUCCCCCACUGAGAUGGUCUGCAUCUCGUCCCUGCUGCCCGAGGGGGGUGAGGGGCCAGCUGCCAUGGCCAACGGGCGCCUGCCCAAGGCCAAGAGCCAGGGCCUGAAGGCGGGGCCCGGGGAGGACCGCGAGGGGGAUGACCUCACCCUGCACAGCUUCCUCCCUUAGCUCCCGGCCCGGCUGCCUGAGCAGGACCAGCCCCCCAAGCGGCCUCCACAGCCUGCUGGGCCACCACCCAUACCCAGGCUCUAUGCCAUGGGUCUGGGCUUCCUUGGAGCCCCCUGGGAAUGGGAAUGUUCAGGGUGGGAACCCUGGCCACCCUACAUGGGACUGAGAGCAGCCAAGGUCCAGGCACCAAAGCAGGCCUGGCAAAUGGAACCUCCAGUGGAGGCUGGAGAGGCUCCCCCACCUCCCUGCCUCCCAUGUGUUCUUGGCCCCCUCUAACGCCUCCCACAGCUGUUGGAAUCCCAUCCCCAUGUGCCCAGGAGGACUCAGGGUUCCCUGCCCACACCCCCACUGCUACUUUCUUCUCGUGGCCAUGGUCACCGCACAGGAAGGGGGCACUUUUGGGGGGGAGUACGGCAUUCCUGAGUUCAUUUCCUGUCACUCCCCAUUUGGGGUAUCUCUCCCAGGAGCCCAGGGUGAGGGCUGGGUAUGUGAGGGCUGGGCAGGCUUGGAAAGCCCAAGGCUACAGGCUUCUUUGGGACUUUGUGGACCAAUGAGCUUCCAUCUGAUGAUAGAGUGACCCCCGUCCCGCCCUCCCUCGCCUCCCCCUGUGGCCUUGUUUUAGGGUGGCUCUACCUUGUUCACCGAAGUCUCCCAAGGCCCAGCUCGGGGCCCGGGAGAGCACAGACACUCAGUAAAUGUUUGGUAAACAAGCGAUGGCUGAACGAAUGCAUCAAGGUACCAAGGUGCCUCCUUCAGGUGGGGAGUUGGUCCUCUGCUGUUCAUGCCCAGCCCCAGGCCCCUCAGGAAGACCCCUGCACGGGCUGUUGCGGUUACUUCAGGGCACAUCUUGCUGUACCCUUGGGCAGCUGGGAGGCGGGGUUCAGGCUGUUGGAGGACAGAGGGUGCUGGCCUCGGGAACCACUUUCUUCAGCACCUCCCGUGACCCAGUUCAAGCCCACAGAAUUUGGUUUCCCCCGCCAAAUCUCAGCCAGAUACCCCUCUAAACACCAAUGCCAUCCUCCCCAGAAGCCCACCCUGACCCCUCUGUUCCACAUGGGGCCCAUCUCCCGUUAACACUCAGCGGCCCCUCCUCACAGGGGGAGCCUGGCCACACCCUACAAGGCCUUCCUACAACUGACCACCUGUCAUGUAGAGUUGGGGGCCAGUAAACUUUUUCUUAAAGGGCCAGACCAUAAAUAUCUCAGGUUUGGCAGGCUGCGUGGCCUCUGUUGCAACUUCUCGACUCUGUCAUCGUGGCAUGAAUGCAGCGAUUGACUCUGUGUCAUAAAUGAAUGGGUUUGGCUGAA